UGGAGGGCGGGCCGCUGCCGGAGAGGUGUGACCGCUUGGUGUGCCCGUAACGCGGCGCCACCUCCCCUCCGCCGUCAUCCUAGCCCUUCCGCUACUCCUGGCAGCUGUGAGAGGGACCCCAGUCCUGAGCGAGCUGAGCCCGGGCUUGGCGCCAUGCCAGCCGCCGCGCCGCCCCCGCUGCAACCCGCGGCGGGCUCCUGCUGCCCCUACGGCCGCUGCGCGGGAAUUGCUGGAGUUUAAGGAGAAACAUUUUUAGUGCUGUUCUUUCUCUUCCCAUAUGAAAGAGUAUUUUGUUUAUGCUGUCUUUGGACUAAUACAUCAAAAUCACUCCCGAUACACAAUUUCUGUUAUGUGCAACUUCACUUCUUAUCUAUCUCAUUUGGAAGAGAAAGGAGAUGGAGUCACGCGCUAAGGAGCAUGUUGAGGUACACACAGCACUUAGUUCAUGAGAGUAUUGCAACAAAGGAGCAUCCUCCAUCACAGCCCUGGACAAGGCAGUAGCAGAAUGGAGGUCUGUAGCCGCAUCUUCCCAUGUGUUCCUCAAUGAAGGUGGCAGCGCUUGGUGUAGUUUUCCUUUUCCUCAUCCUAUGACACCGAAGCAUGUUUGACCAUGCAUCUUACAGUGCAAGCUCAAAAGUAACAGAGAGGAAACUACAUGGGACUUGUCCUCCGGUUGGUCGUGGAAACUGUGGAAAUCAAUUUGUAAAUGCGAGCAGCUAUAGGUCUUCAUUUUUUAAUCCCUGGAAUGGUUUUCAUACAAUACAUUUAGAGCACAGUCCUGUGAAGCCAAGGAUUAUUACAGUGGUGAAACCCAGUGGGCAUACACUCAAAAAGAUAACUUUGCUUCUGAACAGAAGAUCUGUCCAGGGCUUUGAGCAGCUGAUAGCUGACAUUUCAGAAGCUCUGGGAUUUCCGCACUGGAAGAAUGACCACGUGAGAAAGCUUUACAAUCUGAGAGGCAGAGAAAUCCAAAGUGUUUCUGACUUCUUCAGGGAAGGCGAUGCGUUCAUAGCUAUGGGGAGGGAGCCCCUUACAUUGAAGAACUUGGAAGUGGCAAUACAAGAACUUUGUCCUGAGAAUCCUUAUGCUGCCAGUGCAGUUCAGCAGGAUGAGGAGCAGUCCCAAAAACUGAAGAGUGGGCUGUAUGACAAAGCAUCAAAAGUGGACAGUGGAUUUGAUGAGGCAGAGAUUGCCAAGAAUUGCAGUGUUGUUAUGUCUCCCAAACUGGUAGCUAGAAAAAGUCAAGCCAAGACAAAGCAAGAAAAGAAAAUGAGGACAAAAAAAAAGUGGACUAGAGAGAGUUGGGAUGGUGAGCAAGGAGUGAGGCCUUCAAGAAAAACCCGAGAAAGUGAGAGGUACCUUAAGCAAGAGAGGAGCCCUGAGAAGGGAUUAAAAGAGAUUACAGUGGAAGUAGUGAGGUGUGAGAAGUGUGAACGGGAAAGGCAGGCAAGGCAAAAGUUACGAAGGGAAAGGCUUGCUGAGACUUCAUUUGAGAACACGGACCUGGAUGCAGGUGCAUGUCAGAGGUAUCAGGUAGAAAGAAAUGCAAAAAUCAGGAAUAGCCAAAAAUCUUCUGAAGUUCCUCUGGAAGGUGAAGAAGUUGGCUGGAAAGAGAAUGGCUGCAGAAAGACCUGGAAACCUCUACAUAGGAAUGUUAAUGAAGGGCUGGAAAAGCAAAAAAAGAGCAUUGAGACAGAAAGAGAUCUGGAGAAGCAUGAAAUCCAUGAGAAAGAAGUGGUGAAAAACAAGAAAAAUGCUGUGGAAGGGCCGCAAAUAACUCAUGAAAUGAAGGAAGAAAAUGGAAGUAGCUGUGUAACUAAUCAAAAUGGUUGGCUAAUGAAAGACACUCCAAGGGAUGCCGAGAAGCCAUCUAAAGUACAUAGGGACAGCAAAGAGAAUCAAAGGGCUAAAGAGGAGAGUGCCAGGAGAGAGGGAAAUAUCAUACACAGAGAGAAUGACGUGACUCGACGAGAGAAAACAGGAGAGUGUAGAGUAAAUAAAGAAGAAAACAUGGCUCCAGGUCUGGAAAACACAAGCCGGAGGCAUGCCAUUAAAAACAGAACUGAUGUGGAAAACCACUAUGAAAUUGGCAGGACUAUUGGGGAUGGGAAUUUUGCGGUGGUGAAGGAAUGUCGCCACUGCAACUCUAAUCAGAUCUAUGCCAUGAAAAUUGUGGAUAAAUCUAAGCUGAAGGGGAAAGAGGACAUGAUGGAAAGUGAAAUUCUGAUCAUUAGGAGUCUUUCUCAUCCCAAUAUAGUAAGCUUAAUUGAAGUGUAUGAGACAGAGGCUGAGAUCUACCUAAUCCUGGAAUAUGUCCCAGGAGGGGACUUAUUUGAUGCUAUUAUAGAAAGUGUGAAGUUCACAGAGCAUGAUGCUGCUGUCAUGAUCACUGACCUGUGUGAAGCCCUGGUAUAUAUUCACAGCAAGAACAUCGUCCACAGAGACCUCAAACCAGAGAACCUUUUGGUUCAGCAUAAUGCAGAUAAAUCUACUACACUGAAACUAGCAGAUUUUGGCCUUGCAAAGCUGGUUACAAAACCUAUAUUUACUGUGUGUGGAACACCGACAUAUGUUGCCCCUGAGAUACUUGCUGAGAAGGGCUAUGGGCUCCAAGUAGAUAUGUGGGCAGCUGGUGUGAUCCUUUACAUUUUGCUCUGUGGUUUUCCCCCAUUUCGUAGUCAGGAACGUGAUCAAGAAGAGCUGUUUCAAAUCAUACAACUGGGUCACUAUGAGUUCCUUUCCCCAUACUGGGACAAUAUUUCUGCAGCAGCAAAAGACCUCAUAAGCAGGCUGUUGAUAGUGGAUCCCCAAAAGCGCUUCACAGCAUGGCAAGUACUUCAGCACCCUUGGAUCAGAACAGCUGGAAAAACUAAUGGCAGAAACUUGCAGAGGGAAGUAACAAUUAAUAUUGAGCGCCAUUUCCGGACCCAGCGCCGAAAAGAAGUUGUAGAUGAGGACACAUGAAGUCUCUUCAAGCUCAUCUAUUUGUCUCUUUUUAUUGAUUAACAAAUUACUUGUUUUCUUUUGUAAAUGAAUUGAGACUUUUGUGUGUAGAUUUUGCUGGCCAUCAUUAUGCCUCUCCUUGAUUCUGAGAUUCUGAAUAAGGAUAGAGAUCAAAUUUGCAUCCCCACCCUUGUGGUGUCACUUGGGAGUGUCUCUGACAGCAGUGGGUACUAGAUAUUUCCUGGAGGAUAUCCAUUAUUUUUCUUUAAAUACUGAUUUGAACUUUUACAUUAUAUAACGUAUAUCUUUUUAGAUGGCAAAUGUUUGCUUCUGCAGCCAACAUUAGUGGUGACUGAAAUGUGUUUUCUUGUCUCGUUUUGUAUGAUACCUUCAGGAGUUUUGCAUUUUGUUUUCUUUUUUUAUAAUGUUUUGUGUUUAUAACAUUG